AUGUAUCGGCUGAAUCUCAUACGGCAACAUCCGCAUGUUCGAGACGUUGUUGCUCUGUGGGAGUGCGAUUUUAAGAAAAUGCAGAAAACUGAUGCAAAGUUAGGGGAGUUUGUCAAAAACAUGGGGCGGCAAAGCGGCGGCGCUGAUGAUGCAGGUUCAUUCACACCUCCUCUCGACCCUAGAAAUGGAUUUUAUGGAGGUCGUACAAAUGGAGUGUGUUUACACAGAAAGUGUACCGAAGGGGAAAAAAUCAAAUAUGUUGAUGUAUGUUCUCUCUACCCGUAUAUAUGUAAGUAUGGGCGGUUCCCAACAGGCCACCCCACGGUACUGUAUGCACCCCCCAUAGAGCAGCUGUUUGACAUCCAUGGCAUGAUACAGUGCAGGGUUCUUCCACCAGGUGACUUGUACCACCCGGUAUUACCAUACCGCACAAAUGAUAAGUUGUACUUCCCACUGUGCCGGACGUGUGCUGAUACAGGCUACAGUGCUGGCCCCUGUCCCCAUGACGAUGAUCAGCGGAGUUGGACAUCAACAUAUGCUACUGUGGAACUACAUCAUGCUGUUCGAGAGUGUGGCUACAGGGUAUUGAAAAUAUAUGAUGCCUGGCAUUUUGAUAGUUUUGAGCAAUAUGACCCGCACACAGCUCAAGGGGGGUUGUUUACAGGGUAUGUAGAUGCUUUCUUUAAAAUGAAGCAAGAAUCUUCAGGCUACCCUGUGCACUGCGAUACAGAGCAAAAAAAGCAGCAGUAUGUACAAGAAGUAUUCAGAAAGGAGGGUGUCAUGCUUGACGCCUCUCAAAUUGCACCCAACCCAGGAAAAAGAGCCAUCAGCAAGUCCCUUCUAAAUAAUUUGUGGGGAAAGUUAUCUCAGCGCAAUAACAUGGACGCGAACGUGUUUGUUUCAGACCUUCCGCAGUUCUACAAUAUUCUCCGGAAUGCUGACAUAGAGGUGAAAGACAUCAGUUUAAUAAACGAGGAUGUGCUGCUCAUCACCUAUGCUACCACAAACCAGUCUGUGACACCCCAUGGUGCCAGUAAUGUCGCCAUAGCAAGCUGGGUGACAGCUCAGGCCCGAUUAAAACUGUACAGUGGUAUACACCCUUUGGGAGACCGGUGCCUGUACUUUGAUACAGAUAGCAUAAUAUAUGUGCACAAAGAGAGUGAGCCCUGCCCAACCAUCGGCGAUUCUUUGGGGGAAUGGACAGAUGAGAUAGAGGAAGGCAACUGGAUUGACGAAUUUACAACAUGCGGGCCGAAGAAUUAUGCUUACAAGCUCCACCAUACAGAUAAAAAAGGCACACGCACUAUUUGUAAAAUAAGAGGUUUCACGCUUAACGUACGCGCUAAUAAAGAAGUGAAUAUAGAAAAAAUGAUAGAGAUUGUUAACCACCCUGACCGUAAUGGCAUAUCUGUACCUGUGCCCUACCCCCACAAAAUUCAUAGAAAGGGCCUCAAACGCGGGUGUGGGAUAAUCUCCAGGUGUGAAUCAAGGGCCUACAGAUUUGUCUACACUAAGCGUCGCAUUGUGCCCGACCCAAACACUAACCACUUGACCUACACAUUACCUUACGGCUUUAAGCUGUGGUGA